AUGAAUGUACAAGUGAGUGAUUUGCAAGCUGCCCUACAAUGCAUCUCCUCCAAUGUCACAUCAGAGAAGAAAAAUGAGGCAUUGCAUUUCCUGGAACAAUUUCAAAGAUCCACUGAGGCAUGGAACAUUUGCCAUGAAAUCUUAACUAAACCAGACCCACAAUUCCUAGAGUUACACAUAUUUGCUGCACAAACUCUAAGAAAUAAAGUCACAUACGACCUGUCUCAAUUGGAAAAUAACUUAUUACCCUUUAAGAAUUCAUUAUUACAAUUAUUAACCAUCCAUUCACAAAAAUUAGUGGUUACACAAUUAAAUGUCGCAUUAGCACGUUUCUCAAUUCAAUACUUAGAGUGGAAAAAUCCAAUUAUGGAAAUCAUAACUUGCUUAAACCCAUAUCCAAGCACUUUACUGAGUUUCUUAAGAAUCUUACCCGAGGAGACCCUAGAUAUUGGGUCCACCCCAUUAACAGAAAUAGAAUUUAAUUCAAGAAUUCAUGAAUUGAUUGAUACAAUUGCUGAGGAUGUCUUGAAAUUUCUUAUAACAUGCACUGAAAUAUUAAAACAAUCACAGGCAAACUCAGGAAUCUCCCUGGAACAAAUUAUUCGAUGUCUAAACUCAUGGUCUUUCGAAUUCCCAAUUGAACAAUUACUUGCAGUACAACCAUUAAUGUCUCUUAUUUUUGAAACUUUACUCAACGGGAAUGAAGCAUCUCCGGAAGUAUUUGAAGCUGCCAUCGAUUGUCUUUGUGUUAUCCUAAGAGAAAGUAGAGACGCUCCAAACGAAACAUUAGUCAUUGCAUUAUAUGAACAAUUAAUGAACAUUCAGGCAAAACUAUUGCCCAAUAUUCUUCAAAUGACCAAGGAACAAAUUGAAUCAGGAGAUGUCGAUGAAGAUUUAUUGGAAGGGAUGACUCGUCUUUUUAUUGAAGCUGGUGAAGCAUGGAUCGUUUUCAUUUCUAAAUCUCCAGAAACCUUCAAUCCAAUGGUCAUGAUUCUCUUGAUGUUAACAUGUAAGAAUCCAGAUCUGGAUAUUGUCUCCUACACUUUCCCUUUUUGGUUCAAUUUUAAACAAAAUUUGGUAUUACCAAGAUACAGUAACUCCAAAAUUGCCUACACACCCGUCUUUGUCGAUUUAAUCAAUGGAAUAAUUUUACAUUUACAAUACCCAACUGAUAAAUUUGCGUCUAAGGAAUCUGAAGAUAAAUUUAAAGAGUUCAGAUAUCAUAUGGGUGACGUCUUGAAAGAUUGUACAGCCGUGGUGGGCACAGCAAAGGCAUUAGCACAACCAUUAACAAGAAUUAAUAUGGCUCUAGAGAACUCAAAUAAUGUAACCAAUAAUUGGCAAAUAUUGGAAGCUCCAUUAUUUUCAUUAAGAACCAUGGCACAAGAAAUUUCACUUUCUGAAAACGUUCAAUUACCUCAAAUCUUUAAGAUUUUAUGCUCUCUACCUGAACAUCCAAAAAUUAGAUACGCUGCCACUUUAGUCUUGGGAAGAUAUACAGAAUGGACUUCAAAACAUCCUGAAAUGUUAGAGAUGCAAUUACAAUACAUUUUCAAUGGAUUUCAACAGCAAGAACAACAACCUCCAAAUGCUGAUAUCAUUACAGCAUCAUCACACGCAUUAAUGUAUUUUUGUUCAGAUUGUUCUGUCUUAUUAAGUGGCUAUAUUGAUCAACUGAUAGAUUUUUAUUUCAAUAUAGAGGGAAUAAUAGACAUUGAAUCACAAUUUGAAUUAUGUCAGGGACUUAGUGCCGUAAUAAACAACCAAUCCGUUGAAACGAUUGCACCCGUUUUUAACAAGUUAAUAGAAAGACAUUUGAACAAACUAGGUACUCAAAUAAUGGAAUGGCAACAAGAUCAUUCGCGUAAUAUGCCCAUUGCUGAUACAAUUGAUUUAUUCUAUGCAUUCUUUGAAGAGUUAAAACCCAAAUUUGAUUAUCCGCAACAAGGCGCAGAACCUUUACUACCUAUUAUUGAGAGAAUUUGGGCAACAUUAAGAAGUUUGAUAAUGGAACAAGGUGCUUUACAGGAUUCAUUGAUUGUGGAGAGAACAACGAAAUUUUUACGUCGUUUGUUUGAGAAAUACCAUGUUUUCUGUGAACCAAUAUUGGGGUCUGUUGCUGAAAUGCUUGUUCAUGGUUAUGCCACUACAGGUUUUGGUUCAUUCCUUUGGUGCUCCGGAUCCAUUAUUGUUGUCUUUGGUGAUGAUGAAUCAUUCCCAGUGUCAGCUGAACUGAAAAACUCAGUUUGGCAAUUUGCCCUUUCACAAUGUAGUACAUUUGUACUAAAUUUCAAUAAGAUGGAUAAAUCGAGAAUGAAUGAUUACUACGAAUUAGUAAUGGAUUUCUUUGCCAUGGUGUCUGAUUUAAUUAUGUUUUACCCAAAGGAGUUUAUUUUAUAUGGUGAAUUAUUGGGGAAAGUGGUAGAUGUAGCCGUCUCCAGUGUAACCAAAUUAGAAAAUCUAGACGCUUAUGUAUCAAUAUUACGUUGUCUAGAUGAUAUCAUCUCUUGGGGAUUCAAGACCCCACCAAUCUCAACUGUAGCACUAGAAUAUGUUCCUGAUGAGUGGAGAAAGCAAAUUAUAAAUGAAAUCAUUUUCAAUCGUGGAUCUACUAUUGUCUGCACCUUGUUUAUUGGUAUUGUCACCACAUUUGAAUCUGAUUCACAUUCUGAUGCAAUCAGUUGUAUCGUUAAAUGUUUUAGAUUAGCCACUGAUGCAUAUAAUGGUGAUAGUAGUAUAUGUAACGAAUGGGUCACUCAAGCUAUGGGCCAAUUGGGACAAGUGACACCAAAGGAGAAGGAUAAUUUACAACAAGCUGUCACUAAUGGGUUAAAUCAAAGAGACUAUAGAAAAGUUAGAGAAGGUGUGAGAACUUUUGUUCAAUGGUAUCUGCGAAAGACGGUGAGCUCUAGAUUAGAAUGA